CUGUGUCGCCGCUUGGAUGUCAUCCUCCUUAGAUUUGCAAACCUGGCGCAAAACACAUUUCUAAACAGCAUUGAGUUUGUCCUGUGUACCAGCGACAUGUUGUUUACUUUCCGAACUUGCACGUCAGUGUUAUCAAAACGCUUAAGUAUGUCGAACAUAGAUGACAAACAUUUCAGUGAUGAAGAUCAUAACUUUCUACUUUCACUUUCAAGAAAGGGAAUUUUGAAAAGGGCAUCCACUGUCAAAAUGGCUCGUACAAAAGCUUCAGUCCUAGAUCAGGAUGACUCAGCUGGGGGAAAAUCUUCAGGAAAAAGUAAAACAAACCAGCAAAAGAGGAGGAAAGACAAAGCACAGAGUAAUGAUUCUGUAAAGAAAAAGAAAAUAAAAAAGGAGGAGUCCGAGAGUGAGGACAGUGAUGAACAGUCCAAGCUACCUCAGUUCUAUAAGGGAACAACAUGGCCACUGGACGCCAAAGUAGAGGUCCAUGUGGAUUAUGAGGAAGUGAAAGAAGUCCGUAAAAUCAAGCCUCCGUUUCUCCCGCUGUUAUAUCAGCUGACCCGUGGAGAACCAGAGAAUAUCGCCAAGGCCGUCAACGCAAUACCGCCUGUUCACCAACUUCUCAAAGAAAGAUUUGAAAAAGAAAAUAAACCAGAAGUGAAGCAAGAAGCGGUGCAAGAUAAGCAUGAUAAGAAACCCCUGGUGGUGAACCCUAAAAAAGUGGAUAUGGCAACGCUAAAGAAAAUCCCCAGUCAACAUUUCCGAGAUGCGAAAGGCAAAUGGCUGCCAAAGAAAAGGUGGAAAUUUGCUGAGAUCCUGAAGAACAAACCAAAGCUGCAGCACCUGCUCUCUGAGAGAACGGCAAACUCGGAUGGAAAUCGAGCAGCUAACAAGGGGCAUCAAGGGACUGCAAAGAAGCUUACACUGCUUGCUGAAGCUAGGUCAGCCAUUGAGGAAGUUUUAGCCAGGGUCUGUAUGCGCCGUCAAGAGUUUGCCAAACUAAUUGUAUGGUUAAGGAGUCUGGAAAUGAAAUCCUACGGAAAAUCCAAUACCCUGAAAUCUGUGACACCAUGGAGAAAGAAAAACAGAUCCAGUCCCAGAAGUAAACCUAAAGAUGUGCCAAAGGCUGCUGUUGAAGUAGUGCCUAGUGUUGAGGUACAAGAGGCUGAUUCAAGUUCAGAUGAUGAUGAUGAUGCCAAUGUGCCAGUCAAAAAAGCUAUGUAUGGCCUAGAAAAGAGUGCAAUUAUCCGCAAUGCACGCCUCAGAAACAAACCCAAGUAUAUGCCAUACAUUCCUCCUAAAAUCAAGGAGCCAGCAAAAGUGACAUCAAAAACAAUACAGGAAAAUGUGGUUUCUGCUCAACAUUCUGGGUCAACAAAGAGCUUACCUCAGCAAUCUGAUUCAUCAAAAAGUUUAACUCCACAAACAGGGUCUACAAAAGGUUAUAGUGUUUUGUUCAAAGGUAGGAUGUUCUCAUCAGGAAAGAAAAUCUUUCUCAAUAGAAGACAAAAUGUGGAAAGUGAAAGUGAUUCAGAGGAUGAUGAAGAAGAAAAUAUCAGGUCUUCCACCAGCUCAAAAAAAUCACAGGAAAGUAGACAAUCAAAGAGUGGACUUGAGUCCACUGAUAAUCCAAAUCCAGGUAAGGAAAAGUCCAAGGCACAGCAAAAAAUCAAAAAGUCAACGCCAUCAACAUCAAAACUGCAGGAAAGCUCAUCCAGCUCCGAAUCUGAAGAGAGUGCUGCAAUAGAAAAUAUUAGGACUCUUAAAUCUUCUAGUGCACUCUUUCCACAAGUUAGGAUUCCAUUCAUCAAGCUAACUGAUGCAGUAAAAUUGACCAACUCAGAAAAAAGAACUUGUUCUUCAGCUUCCUCCACAGAAAAUGUAAGCAAACUAAAAAGAACAAUUUACAAGGAGGGGAGAGAGUUAAAUGAUAAACCUGUCAGGAAGAAAGCAAAGAUUCAGAUGGUGACCUGGAAAGACGAUGCAGAAAAAUUGAAAGACAAUGAGAAUAACAAUGGAGGGCCUGAAGAGAAAGGAGAAAUGGCUGGGAGGCAGAGUGAAGCGGGAGUGAGGGAACGUUCAACAUCCAAGUCUCCUCUGUCUGCUGGGGAGGAUGUUAGUAGGGAGGAAUUUUCUCCUCCAGAGGUUCGAAUUGAAAAUUUAGAGGGAGAGGACUUGAGGACCAGUGGUGAGGACAACAAUACAGAAGAUCUUGAAGCUUUUGGUGAUGAGAACAGAGGUUCUUCUUCAAUAUCCCCAAUCUUGGACAGAAGGACUAAUGCUGAGGACAAUAAUACAGAUUGUCUAGGAACUUUUGGUGGUGAGGACAGAGGACCUUGUGCUUCCUCACUUUCCCCAAUCAAGGACACAAGUAGAAAUACUGAGGACAAUAUUACUGAGGAUCUGGAAGAUUUUGGUGAUGAGAACCAAGGUGCUUCCUCACUAUUCAAAAUCACGGACGUGAGGACCGAUGCUGAGAAUAUUGAUACGGAGGAUCUAGGAGCUCAUGAGGGUGAGGAGGGAGCAGAUGUUUCCUCAGAUUCCCCAGUCAUAGAAAGCACUGUCACUCAGAGUAGUAGUGAAGAGAGGGAAAAUGAUUCCUCCAUUACAGAGAGGGGGGAUAACUCCUCCAAUAUAGAGAGGGGGAAUAGUUCCAUAAACUUUGAAAGUGAGAAUAACUGCUCCAGCACUACAGAAAGGGGGAAUACAUUUAGCUCUUCUUUUGUAGACAUUGGAAAUAACUCUUCCAAUACAGAGAGGGGAACUAACUCUUCCACUACAGAGAAGGGAGAUAGCUCUUCUAGCCUAGAAAAGGGGAAUAACUCUUCCAUUACACAAAGGGGAAAUAGCUCUACUAACAGAGAGAUGGGGGAUAACUCUACCAAUAUAGAAAGGGGGAAUAAUAUUGAGAGGGGAAAAAAUUCCACAAGCCUAGAGAGUGUUAAUGACUCCUCCAUUCCGGAGAGGGGAAAUAGCUCUUCUAACAUAGAAAUAGGGGAUAAAUCUUCCAAUGCUGAGAGGCCGUCUACUUCAUCUAAUAACCCACAAACACCAAACACAGAGGAAACCCUGCGUCUGCUGAUCAGUCAUUUGUCAAACUUGCGAGAUUCCCAGGGGAAAGCUGUUGAUUGUAAGAUAUUAUUCUCCAGUGCAAACCAAGUUUUAACUAUCUCUGGGAGUAAAAAUAUUUCAUUAGAGGAAAGCAUAGAUAAAAAGCCAAUCAUUGUUGAGGGAGAGACGUCAGGGAAUUCUGUAGCCUCUACUUCAGAUCGGGUCAACAGAGUCAGUCCAGAUACAUCCAAUCAGAUGGACAAUCCCCAGAGUUCAGAGGUCAACGUUCCUGGCAUAGUGGAGAUUGUAGAGAGUGAUGAUAGCAAUUUGGAAUUCGUUUCCUCAGAAACCAUGGCAACGGUGAAGCAAGAGAGGGCGGAGCCUGAAGGAGAGGAGGCGGAGCUAAGAAACCAAAAAGAGGCUGAGGCAGUGAUCAUAAUCGAUGAUUAAUUAUAGCAGUAUAUUAAUGGACUUCUUAUGACCUUCAAAUGAUUGCAAUAGAGAUAUAGUCACAAGUUUUCUGGAAUAGAAGCAUGAAUUUGGGCAGCACCAAGGGAGAAGUGAGAAGGGUAAUUCUAAGAGAUAUGGGAAGGUUUGUACAGUCAGAAACAAUAUGUGUUGUGUGGUUGACUCUGAAAGAAUGAAGGAAGAAAAUAAAUAUUUUCGAUAUAGAUUAAUUGUAUUAAUCGGUUGUGUUUUAGGUUGUUAAUAUCAUGUAGUUGGCAUUUUUUAUUUGUUUGCUUGUUUGUUAAUGUUUUUAAUCAUUUACUUGCAUGGGAUAUUAUGUGUAAAUAUAAUUUUAACAUCAUUACCAGGGUAAUUUUGUUUUCAUAGAAUUUUGUAGAUGAACUGGGUUUGAAGUUUUCGAUUUUGUAUGAGUUUUUUAUGAAGCAUUGUAUCAAAAUUUUUACACACCUUUCAGAGAUUGUUUUUAUUUCUUUUGAUCCAGUGUUACUAGUAUUAUGAACAAUUACAUGUAGUUGUCAAUAGGUUUCUUGUGUGAAGAAAUAAGCCUUAAUUUUCAAAUACCAGGAGGAAAAACUGAUUAACAAUAUACCGUAAAUCUGGAAAUUUUUAUGUCGAUUUUAUUUUGCA